AUGGCUGAAUCAAAAGACAAACCACCAGUGAUGACAGGCGAUCAGUCAUCGGCCGAUGAGGAGUCCGUGAACGCUCCCCAGAACCUCGAUCCAGACGUUCCGCAACUCCAGGUCAACGAUGAGGAUGAUCCGGCAUCUCAGGAGCUCCAGGACUUUGCGCCCACCGGCUCAGCAAGACCGCUUUCCCAGGAGCUUCAGGAAGAAGGCUCAGAGCUUGGUUCGGUCAAUGCGAGCUCCGUAGACGCGCCGCCUCGGAGGGCCGGGAGCCCGAUCGACUCGAUACUCUCUGGACCAGACGAUACACCUUCAGUACAGGGUUCCUUCAUAUCAUCUCCGGGAAGCAGCGUUCUCCCAGCAACUGCUUUACGACCCGGGUACGGUAGCCCUUCCCCGUCCUACAAACCAUUCGAUCGCCGUUUCAAGACACGCCUCGCCUCUUCUUCAUCGAGCAUACAUAGCCCGCGUCCUGGGUCCCCGUCAUUGUUCUCUCCAGCGUUCCCUUCCCCAGCGUUUCUUUCACCACACAGCAGGAAUGCUUCUAUCAGCUCCAAUUUCUUCUUCGACCAGGCGGACACCGAAGCCCAGAGCCCGCCGUGGGAGGUUGUCCGUUGGACAAGGCUAAAGAAAAUAAAUGGGCAGGCUUUCACGGAGGCCGGAAAGCGCAAUUUCGGGCUACCGACAUGCCUCGCGGUUUCGGCGUCGAUUGUAUUAGGAACUACCAAGGGGAUAAUAUUAAUGUUUGAUUUUAACCAGAAUUUGAAGAUGAUUCUAGGGCCUGGAACAAAAGCUGUUGAGUCCGGGCCGAUCACUUCUGUAGCUAUCUCUGCCGAUCACACGACGGUGGCGGGUGGGCAUGCAAACGGUUGCAUUUUCACAUGGGAUACAAGUCGGGCGUCCCGUCCAUUUCUUUCUAUCCCGCAUCUAGAACCCUUUCAGCUUGAGCAACACUCCGCUGAUGGCCAUGUGCCCAAUGCGUCCAUUACUCAUUUGGGGUUCCUGGGAACGCGACACACUGCGCUCGUGUCUGCUGAUGAAAAGGGCAUGGCAUUCUCUCAUCUGGCAACACGUGGGACGGGCGCCCUUGGCCGGACAGUCAAGACCACUCGGAUACUGGGUCGCUAUCCAAAUGCGCCUCCCCCGGCGGGGAAGACGUUGAAGCCGAGUACCGUCUUAGCAUUUUCACCACUGCCUCUAGGAAAUGUGGAACGGGCGACUGAUCUGAUGGGAUUGACGGCCAUGUUGACACCGUACUUGCUUGUGAUUGUGUCCACAACUCCUGUUGCUCAAACACAGCACAAGUCUGCACGGCCCAAGGAUGUCCCGGCUCAUAGCGCAGUGACAGGUUGCUUGGCUUGGUUCCCGGCCGUCAAACUCAAGGUUCCUGAUAGUGAUACGGGUAGUGACAUAUCGAAAGUGAAACUUGCCUAUUGCUGGUCGAACGUCCUGACCGUCCUUGACGUUGAUGAGAUCCCGGGAGAGGACAAGGACCAGCCCCCCACGCUCCGGUUCAAAGCGCGAAGUCGAUGGAAGUGCGAAGAGUCUAUUGCUGCCGUCCAAUGGCUGAGCCGCUCGGUUCUGACAGUGCUCACGCUUUCCCAGCGAUUGAUCGUGCUGGAGGAUAAGAGCAUGCGCAUGACGGAAGCGUUUGAUCUCCUCCACAAACAUGUUUAUCACGUGGAUCUUUUCUCUAACCAACUGCACGCGCUCGUGGAACAAUUGGAUGAGGAGGAUGAAUCUAUGCACGGCGUUGUGGGGGAUGCUUUUUACAUGAGUUUCAAGGCCUAUAAGGGCAGGAUAUUCCUUCUCGGCUUCAACGAGGUGUCGAUUGGAGCUUUAUCCAACUGGGCAGACCGGCUGAUUGCUAUAAUGGAGAACGGGGAUUACAUCGGAGCUAUCCAGCUUGCCACAUCCUAUUAUACAGGAGAUGCGAACAAGCUUACUGUUGGGCUGCCCGAAGACCAAACGUUACGACACAGCAUGGUGCGGGAUAAGAUUAUGGAGAUUAUCAGCGCAUCUCUUAAGUAUGCUUUCAGCCAGCGGAAGAAGAGUUCUGACGAUACAGACGACACACAACUCAGAAGACUGGCAGAGAUUUGCUUCAUCGCAUGCCAGAGCAUCGAGAACACAGACUUCUUAUUUGACGAGAUGUAUGAGUGGUAUGAGGAUGCCGAGUUGGAGGGCAUUUUCCUCGAGACCCUCGAGCCGUACAUCCUCGAGAGAACCAUCGUUGUGGUACCACCUUCGGUUAUCAAAGACAUGGUUACUUACUACGUCAGCCAGGGCUGGGAGACUCGACUCGAGGAGAUGAUCUGCCACGUGGAUACGAGUACUCUAGACCUGGAUCAAACAACUCUCCUGUGCAAGCAGCAUGGGCUGUACGACGCUCUGACGUAUAUCUGGAACCAAGCCCUUGGAGAUUACAUCACUCCAAUGAUUGACUUACUCAGUCUCAUUAUUCCCGUUACCUCGAACGGUCAUGCCACCAACGGCAUUGACGAAGACUAUCAUGGAGUCAAUGCUGUGAAAAUCUUCCCUUACCUUUCCUACACUUUAACAGGGAGAGUGUAUCCGAAUGAGGAGCUGAUGGACGAAAAGAUAGCCAUGAAGGCCAAGGCCGAGAUCUACUGGUUCUUGUUUUCAGGCCAAACCAUUACAUGGCCAAAGGAGGGUGGGCGAGAGCUCCGAGUAAGGCCCAACGAGGACUCGCAGCCGGCCUUCCCUUACUUGCGAUUGAUACUGGAGUACGACGCUCCCAGCUUUCUGAGCGCCUUGAAUGAAGCUUUUGAAGACCCGUUUCUCAACGACUCGCCGGACAAGCAGACUAAUGGAACUUCUAACAUGGAUCUGCCCGAGGAGCAAAUAUUCGGGCAAACGAUCAAUCGUCAGUAUGUUGUGUCGAUUCUCCUCGACGUGCUCAGCCCGGGCAACUUCUCAACCGCGGACACGAUAUACCUGGAUAUGUUUAUUGCCCGAAAUCUACCGAAAUUCCCGCAGUAUCUGCUUUUCUCUGGCACGACACUGUCGAACGUGUUGAAAGGGCUCUGCAAUUACCCUGGGGAAGAUCUGGCCGAAGAUGCUCAACUUAGCGCAGAAUAUCUUUUAUCUGUUUAUCACCCUUCAGACAUGCCAGCUAUGAUACCCCUCUUUAAGCAAGCCGGAUUUUAUAGAAUUUUGAAGAGGAUAUACAAACUUGACAAACAGUACGGGUUGCUGGUGGCUACGUACUUUGAGGACCCGGAAGACCAAGAUACCGUCUUUGAUUGUAUCGCGGAUUGUCUGCGUCCGCAUAGUGGUUUGAGUGAGCGACAGCUCCAGGAGGUUCUUGAUGUCGUGAAGAAACACUCACGGGAGCUCCUGGAGAUUAGUGCCGAAAAGUCGGCACGAACACUGGCCUCCCAAGCCAAAGAGGCCCACCAAACCGUACUAGAUUCCGCUACAGACGAUGAGGUGCUACAGUAUGAAUACUUGAGGGAGCUGCUAGAGCCUCAUGGUUCAUCUAGAGAGCACGAGCACAUAGAUCGAGAUUUGGUUGAGCAUUAUGUUCAGUUGAUGUGCACCUUCGACUCGGGUCGGGUCUCAGACUACGUUGGAGUUGUUCAAUCUGCCAACCUCCGACUCGACAAGCUCUUGCCUACCAUGGAGGAAACAGGCGUUAUUGAUGCGGCAGUUGUCCUUAUGGCGCAAGACGGCCAGGUAAAGCAGGCCCUGGAACGGCUUGUCAAGCACCUGAAUAACCUCGAGUCGGCUCUUCGAGGCCUGCUCUCGGGGUCGGCACCAGCGGACUCGGAGCUGGACCUCCAGACUAAUGCUGAGGACCUUUUACUUGGUCUCCAAAAAUAUGUAUAUGUGGGCAUCUGGCUAUGCCAGGGACAGAUGAAAUCCUCUAAGCGGGGUAGAGUCAACGUGGUUGCCAAGAAGUCUACGCCGUCUGGACAGGAUCUGUCUUCUGAUGAACGGCUCUGGCUCGAUCUCAUCGACGCCACCGUUCAGAUAACCAGGCGCCUAUCGCCAGCCAUUGCCGCAGCACCCAAGGAGGUGGAUAAUGAGAAGCUGCUAACCCUGCUCCGCUCUCUCGUGCAGCACACCUUCACGGCGCUGCUGACCGCAACCUCCAAUCACGCGGGCGCCCAGAGCGGAACAAGGCUCAUAUCGAACGCUGGAUCCAAUCUCUCGUUUCUGCGCAUCUUGCGUGCUUUCCUCACAGAAGCCGCGGCAUCAUCCCCUAAUCUGGCCGACCUCAGAGGUGUCCUCGCCUCGAUAUUCUCGGCAUAUGCUUACGAAGAGUCGAUUUUGCGGCUUUCGAACCGCCUCCUAGAGAGGAGCUUGUAUAUAAACGUCAACCAGGCCGUGGCUCUUCGACAGCGUGGGUGGCGGCCACGAGGCUCCACCUGCGAGGCAUGUGGUCGCAGGGUCUGGGGCCCUGGUGUGCCCGGCGGAGCAGUGUUCGAAGCCUGGGAGGAGAAGCAGGCCAUCUCAGACGCCGCGAGGAAGAGCAGGAAGAUGCAGAUCGCGGAGCAGGUUAAGGGCCGUUCUGCGGGCGACUCGAGCGGUAAGGGCAAGGGCAAGAGCCUGGAGGUUGGACCGCCGAACGUGGCUGACCCCGAGGGUGAGGACGCCUCGACGAGCAGGAAGGAACCCCAGCUGGGGCCGCUGGUCCUCUUGGCGUGCCGACACAUAUAUCACCAGAGCUGUUUAGAUUCGUUGCAGGAGAAGCAAGAUAAGCAAGGGAACGGGGUUACAGAGCGGGACAGGGAGUAUAAGUGUCCUAUCGAUGGCAUGUCGCACUCAUCCGACGACCAAGAUGACAUGCUCUCUGACAACGAGUCUGGCUCAUCCGGUGACGAGUCUCCCCCUCAGCCAAUGUCCCAGAACUACUUCGCACCGCCUUUCUACGGCCGCCCGCCGACUCCUCUACCCCCCUCGCCGUCCCUGACGUCUCUGCUGCGCCCGUCGCGCCCGACCACCCCCGAUGCCUCCGACGACGACGCCAUGCUCCCCGUGCCCCGCGCGGCGCCCAAGGUCCCGACCUACGAGUACUACGGCUUCGUGCUCUACCUCUUCAGCAGCCUGGCCUUUCUGAUAUACCUGCUCUGGAGCUACCUGCCCUCCCCCUUCCUGCACGCCUUCGGCAUCAGGUACUACCCGAACCGGUGGUGGGCCCUCGCGGUCCCGUCCUUCCUCGUCAUGGCCAUCGUCUACAUCUACGUGGCCCUCUCGCUGUACAACGUCGAGAUCCUGACGGAGCCCCUGAGCAGCGUCGAGACCAUUGUGGACGGCGCGGGCAAGAUGGCGCUCAUCGACAACAAGGGCCGGCUGAGGGGCAGCGCGCGCAGGGAGAGGAAGUGCGAGAGGGACGGGAGGCUGAGGUGGCGCGAGAUCUGGAACGAGAGCACCGACGCCGUCAUGGACAUUCCGCUGAGCGGGGUCUGCGAGGUGCUGUACGGGGAGGGGGCUGAGGAUGCUAGGUCUGCGGAGGAUGUUGCUGAGUGA